GAUAUCACUGGCUUGUCAAAAAGACGAUUUUUAUUAAUGAUAAAUUUUAUUGGAGUACUUUACUCCGAAUAUUUUUCCUUGAUAAAAACGUGUGUAAGCUGCUCAUUUUGAAAUAAAAUUAAUUAUAGUUUUCGCAAUCCAAGUGAAAAAGUGAAAGAAAAGCAAGUAGUACGACGAAACUAAGAAAAUUUCAAAAAUAACGUAAAGUGUAUUUCGAUAAGAGUGUUAUCAUUUACUAAUAGCGAUGAGUCAUUUUCUAUUGCUACUUGAUCGAGAGGGCUAUAAUUGUGCUGUUUAAAAUAAUAUGUUAGCAAGAAGUUAAGUACUAAAGAACAUUUUAUUUGUUGAUUUGGCUACCAAAAAGGUGAAUGUUGUACAUUGUAGAAAAUAAAGUCAACUGUAGAAAAAUCAAAACAUCACAAGAAUAAAAUCUAAAAGUGAAGGUGUUUGGGAACUGAAUUAUAACAUUACUACUGCAACGAUAGCAAAAAAGUUACUAAGCAAUGAAAAAAUUGAUCUCAAAAUUCGAAACUAAAAAUGAAGCUACUCCUAGCAAAGAAACCAACAGUUUUGUCGGUAAAACAUUCAAACUAAGCAAAGAUAACGUUGUAACUGUAGAAGAAGUAUUAGCUGAAGGGGGAUUCGCAGUUGUAUUUCUUGUCAAAGGACAGAAAGGAGAUAAAUAUGCCCUGAAACGAUUAUAUGUAAACAACGAGCACGAUCUGGGUGUCUGCAGCAGGGAAAUUAAAAUUGCAAGUAACUUGAGUGGUCAUAAAAACAUCAUUGGAUACAUUGACCAUAGUAUUAACCCAAAGGGUAAUGGAGUUCACGAGGUUUUGCUUCUAAUGCCCUAUUGCAAAACUAAUCUUUUAUCUUUAAUGAACGCGCGAGUUCCCAAUGGGUUCAGUGAACAAGAUGUCCUGCAAAUUUUUUGCGAUAUAGCAGAAGCAGUAGCACGGUUGCAUCAAUGUCAAACACCAAUUAUUCAUCGCGACCUUAAAAUUGAGAACAUUCUGCAGAAUGAUAUUGGAAAUUUUGUGCUUUGCGAUUUUGGGUCAGCUACGGCUCGAGUUUUAAAUCCAAACUCUCACGGAAGGACAGCAGUUGAGGAGGAAAUACAAAAAUAUACAACCCUAUCUUAUCGUGCACCAGAAAUGAUCGACUUAUUCAGCGGCUACGAUAUUACGGUUAAAUCAGAUAUUUGGGCACUCGGAUGCUUAUUGUAUAAACUCUGCUUUUUUACCCUGCCUUUUGGAGAGAGCGCACUUGCUAUUCAAAGUGGUCAUUUUAGUAUUCCAGAUAAUUCCAAAUAUUCCAAAGAAAUGCAUCAGUUGAUCAGAUACAUGCUUGAACCAGAUGCUGAUAAACGUCCGAAUAUUUAUCAAGUCUGUGAGAUUGCUUUUAAAAUUGCUGGAAAAACAAACCCCGUAAGAAAUUUAACUAAGUGUGCAGUUCCACCGAUUGAGCUUCUAGCUGUACCACCAUUCGAAAGUGAAUCUAAACGCAUUCCCUCUACUGGUGUGGCUAACACUAAAGCAACGAAAUCGUCAAUCGUCCUAACUACAGAGGCGGGCACAUCUGUUGCCCCUCGCCAACGCCCGAAAGCAUCACAAUCAACAGUAAACAAUAGCUUCUCACUUGGGCUUCCGCCCAAUCCGUCUCCCAAGAAUAUUUUAUCAUCACCAACUCCAGGGAUGGCUUUAUCAAUAACGCAAGAAAAAGUAUCUCAACCGGAGGCUUUUGUCGCCAGCUUCACUGCAAACUUUCCCCCUCCGCUAACAAAUGAAUCAGCCGGCAGCAGUAUUUUUCAAACAGCUUUUCCGGAUCCAUUCCGGGAAGCGGAUGCUGUUGUUGGCCAAGUUGUUCCCCUUGCUCAUUCUGAUGCACAAAGCUGUACAGGGAGUGUGUCGCAAGCGUCGUCAAAUUCGUCAAUACUUCAGUCACCAAUACAUGCACCUGGUACCUCGAUAUCCGGAACUGCUUCUUACGGCUCUAGCGGAAGUGGUUCUAUUCCACCCGGAACCCUUAUACCUCCAAAGCAAUCGCAUAUAACAGGACACCGACGAAAUAUGAGUGAUACGUCCGCUUUCAAUAAAGCGUACACUACCGAAACGUCAAAGUUCCUCGCUCCAUAUGAUGCAUCGUCCAACAAUUAUCAGCCACCAGAAGCAUCGUCUGGAGGAAACGGAUCUGAACAGAACCUUCGAUCCAUUCCAGCAACUUAUGAAUCACGUUUGUCAAAUCCUCAUCUUACUCCAUCCAACAUCAAUAUCCAAACGCAGCAAACGUGGAAUCCUUUUGGUGAUCCAACCCCUUUCGCUCAAAUGACGGAAGACCACAUCUUCGGUGAAGAGUUCGAUAAAAUUCGCCAACAGGGGUCUCAAGGCAGUCUGAAAACACCACCCGAACCCACAUCACGGCAUCCUUCUCUACCAUUAGUUCAAACUAUUCAAAGCCAACCCAUUGCAACAUUUUCACAACCACAAGCUCAGUUUUCACCGGAAAACGUUUCAAACACACCGGACGACGAUCCAUUCAGCGCAGCACCAUUCACGUUACCACCAUUGCGAGAUAGAUCUCGUUCCCUCAAGCAAGGUAUAAAACGAAUCAUUGUCAUUGAUGGAGGGUUUUCUACACAGCUGGCAACCCAUGCUGGGCAAGCAAUUGAUAAUGAUCCGUUAUGGAGUUCCAGAUUCAAUGUUACCAAUCCAAAUGCAGUUAUCGAAACCCAUUUAGAUUUCCUAAGAGCUGGAUCUGAUUGUAUUUUGACUAAUACAUACCAGGCGUCGAUUGAAGGAUAUAUGGAUUAUUUGGAUAUGAAUGAAGAAGAUAGUUUAAAACUAAUAAAAACCGCAGUGGAACUUGCCAAACUUGCCCGCUCUCAAUAUUUAGCGGAAAAGUUGGAAAAUAAAUCAAACAAAAUUCCAUGGGUAGUUGGCUCAAUCGGACCAUAUGGUGCACAUUUACACGAUGGUUCGGAGUACACUGGUAGUUACGCAGAUACCGUUCCAUUGGCUCGCAUUCAAAAUUGGCACCGGCCCAGAAUUAACGCUAUUGUAGAAGCCGGAGCAGAUGCAUUAGCUAUUGAGACAAUCCCUUGUUUAAGUGAAGCCGAUGCUUUAUUGGAACUAAUGUCUACAGAGCAUCCAACAGUGCGAUUUUGGAUUUCGUUUCAAUGUAAAGAUGGUGUAAGUACUGCUCACGGUGAAAAUUUUGCCGAUGCUGCCGUUGGUGUGUGGAACAAAGCGCGUUUACUGAAAAACAAUAAUUUACUUGCCGUGGGCGUAAAUUGUGUACAUCCGCAACACACACUGCAAUUGCUGAAGUCCGUUCAUGAUUUGGGUUCAUCUAAUGAAGACAAAAUUCCAUUAAUCGUAUAUCCAAACUCAGCGGAAGUUUGGGAUGGAAGCGGUUCAUGGACAGGGGAGGAAAACUGUGUUCCUCUAGAAACCUAUGUGCCACAAUGGAUCGAAUAUGGAGUAAAAUUUGUGGGCGGCUGUUGUAGAACAAAUGCCAGAGAUAUUAAGCGUCUUAAAAAAACAGUUGUCAAUUUGCAUAGCAGCAGAACUUCCUAGGAAUAUGGAAACAAAGGCAACGAUAGCUAUCAAAAAGAAUGAUAUCUGGAAAACAAAAAUACAUUUCCACAAUCGCACCUCUAAUGCAUGGUCGGCCUUUAAAGAUUUUAAACCGCUUCACUCCGACGCAGUUGGUAAGUUACAUUUCAAUUUGUCAAACCAUAUUGAGAUUUUCAAUUCUGAUACGUUUGUACUUCAAAAAGAUGCUUAAAUCAUUCCGUAUCACUUAUACAGCUAGUAUACAUAGAAUAUUGCAUAUUCAAACACCAUCAUAGCUUAAAUUAUUUAAGAAUAGUGAUAUAUUUUGAAUGAAGCCUAAGGUGACAAAAUGAUGAUUUAGUUUGGUAAGCUGUAAAAGAUUGGACAAAAAUAUAGUUGUAUAUAAUUAUAUGUAUUCCUUCAAUUUAAGGAGAACCUUAUAAACACGUGAGUAAUAAAAACAAAAAAUGUUCCUGUUAGAAUCUUCUUUCGCGUCCUUUGGUAAGCAACAAACAAUACUUUGAUAUGGAAAUGAUCAUAUCAGCGGUAUAUGAUAAAUCCUAAUGAUCUGCAUUUUCAAUAUUGUAUUUAGAUUACCCAUGCAGACGUUUUCCAAAAUGCUGUUUUGAAAAAAAAUCGUUCGUUCAGAACCAGUUUCUUAUAUUGAAAUUUGUCAGUUUGCUAACGUUAUAAAAAAAUUUCAAACUUCAUUUUCACCACCUUUUUUAUUUACCUUCAGCUUCAAUACAAGCUAUUUUCUUACUUCAUGUUUAUCUAGUCUAUUGCGAACAGUUUAGGAGCUUCUUUCAUCAUGUAUGUACCUUAGUAGCUCUCCACAAUUGUAUUGAAUUAGUCAUAUAAUGAUUUCUAGCAUAUUAAUGAAUUUGUUUAUUAUUGCCAAUUUGCUUCGGAAACACAUUUGCAAAACGUGUUAGGUGUGGGCAAGCUAUAGCUACUUACGAAAUUUUUUUAUAUUGCUCCUCUAUCAUUGUAAAUAAUAUCUAGAGGUGAUACUAGCUUACCGAUAACAGUUUAUUUAUACUUACCUAUAUCCCAUUAUACAUUCAACUAAUGUAAUUGCAAUACCAGGAAAUAAAACACUAAAAAUAUAUCAAAUAGUGAGGUUCGCAACAAGAGGAAUUCGUUUGUUUACUAUAUGUUAAUAGAAUUUAUGAAUUGAAAAAUUAUAACUGUCGAAACAUAAAUCGAUGAAAAAACAUUUUCACUAUAUUGCAAUGUAUGACACAACAAAAAUUAAACUUACCAAAAAUUGAGCCUUUUAAAAACGCCAAGUGAGAUUAUAGUAAGAUAAACAUCCAAACAUUAUUAGACAACUUUGAAUGAUUUGUUCAAUUCAAAUUUCCAUAUGUUCAGAAACAUCUAUUUAGUCUUGAGUUUAGCUAUCUCACAAUUUAAGUAAAUUAACAACCCUAGUCUCAACUGUUGGAAUGUAAAAUAAUAAAACCAAUAAUUACAAUGUUAACGAUAUUUGUUUAUAGAUGCAAAGACAAAACGUCUAACAAUAAACACAUUUAGUUUGUGAAACAAAUUUACCUGGAACUGUUUGACAACAAUCAGUAUUCCAGUGAAGCAAAAAUCAGAAAGAGAUGCUACACUCCCACAAUUCAGCACGACUAGUAGUAACAAUUGAUAGUUAAAAAUACAAAUAAAUUAUUUCAGAAUGUU